AUGAGUGAGUAUAAUGACCUCAAAACACUUAUUUUGAAAGAAAACCUUCGUGCUCACUACAUUCAUUGCUUUGCUCAUCAAGUACAACUAACUCUUGUAGACGUGGCACAAAAACAUCCAAAGAUUGAAACUUUCUUCACUAUGGUACACAAAUUGGUGAAUGUUGUUGGGGGAUCAGCUAAACGAAGUGAUCAUUUUCGAGAGAACCGAAAAUUGAAAAUUCUUAAAUCACUCAGUGGGAUUACAAAUGAAUUGUCGAGGGCAUUACAAAGAAAAGAUCAAGAUAUUGUCAAUGCUAUAAGAUUAAUGGAAAUAUGUAAAGCCCAGCUCCAAACCAUGAGGGAUGAUGGAUGGGAUUCUUUUUUUGGACUGGUUUGUUCAUUAUGUGAAACUCACAAUAUCAAUGUUCCCGAUAUGAAUGAUAUGUUCAUAACUCUAGAUCAUUCACAACGUGAGACAGUCACAAAUUUACAUCAUUUUUGUGUAGAAAUAUUUUAUGCCGUCAUUGAUAUGCAACUUCGAGAGUUGAAUGAUCGUUUUUCUGAGGUAAAUAGUGAUUUUCUCCUUUGUGUUGCGUGUUUGUCACCAAAUAAUUCAUUUAUUACUUUUGAUAAGACCAAAGUGAUGCGACUAUGUCAGUAUUAUUCGGUAGAUUUUGAUGCAGCAAAUAUCAUAGAACUUGAUAAUCAACUAGAUACAUAUAUUCUUGAUAUGUGUACUUCUGAAGACUUGGAAGGACUGCAAAGCAUUAGUGCUCUUGCGCAGAAGUUGGUCGCGAAGAAUAAACAUGAGGUGUAUCCAUUAGUUUACAAGCUUUUGACAUUAGCUUUAGUUCUUUUUGUGGCUACUGUUGUAGUUGAGAGAGCAUUUUCUGCGAUGACUUACGUCAAAAAUCGUCUACACAACCGAAUUGGAGAUCAAUGGGUGAAUGAUAGUUUGAUUGCAUACAUUGGGAAAGAUGUUUUUGACAAGAUUGAAAAUGAUGUGCCAUUCAGCAAUUCAUUUAGGAUUUUGACGCUGGCUACUGCUUGA